CUUUUUAGACAAGCGUCAGCUUUGUGAGACCUCUUCUCAAGUUUUGGUCAAUUCACACGCCGACUUGUCUGCUGCCCAUUUGACGUGGACAUCAGUUUGAAGAGAGGCUCAGGGUUUCAGCUCGCAUCGAGACAAAUAAAACAAAAUGCCUGGACCAGCAGCAAGUGCAACCAAUGUUGGGGCGUCUAGCCGUUCCCCCAGCAAGACAGUGGCUCCACGCGCAGCAGGCUCCACAGUUAGACAGAGGAAAGCUACCAGCAGCGGUACACGCAGCGGUGGGAGAACCACAGGAUCAGCAGGCACUGGUGGCAUGUGGCGCUUCUACACAGAAGACUCACCAGGCCUCAAAGUCGGCCCGGUGCCAGUGCUGGUGAUGAGUCUGCUCUUCAUUGCUUCCGUCUUCAUGCUGCACAUCUGGGGAAAGUACACUCGCUCUUAAAUGCUUCCUGAUGACCUUUGACCCUGCGCCUCGGCUUCUUCUUAACAAAUUGGACCUGGACCAAACAACAAAUGAACAACAUCCUCAUUCCCCGAGUUCCCUGCUCCAAUAUCACUACAAACUGGAUUUUUAUGCGACCGUCUCAGUAGAUGAUCUUCAUCUGCACUGACUUGUUGCUUUUGCUCACCCUGUGUCUUUAAGAUCUGACGGGGUGAACGAGAGGAAGCCACACUGGGCCUCCUCAGUAUGUGGUUGUCUCUCUAAGCAGCAGCAGCAGCAGCAGUAGCCAUUCUCGUCACUGCUGCGCGAAGGUUUAGUGCUCAAGGACAUUGUUGUUUUUCGGGCCCCAGCAAACAUUUCUUCUUGUAUCCUCAAUUGCUUUCUUUCUUUCUUUCUUUUUUUUUUUUUUGUUAACAGCAUUUGUACAAAUGUAAUUGUAUUAUUGUACAAUAAAAAAUAAAAUCAAUUCAUGUGAUA